CCAACCUCGACCACGGCCCACGGCUGCCUCCUGCCUGCCUGUGCACAUCCAUUCACUAGCCGACGGCCCUGGCCCCGGCGGCAAUAAAAUUCAGGUAGCAUUGGCAUAGCCUAGCCGCGGAGAGAAAGCAGGGCAGAUCGAGAGGAGGAGCGGAGGUGGAGGAAGACCAAGGAAUCAAACCGGCCGAACCAAGGCGUCUCGGAUCGGAGGAUGCUCGGAGGCCGGCCGGUGUUCGUGCUGUUCGGCUCCUCCAUCGUGCAGUACAGCUUCAGCAACGGCGGAUGGGGCGCCGCGCUCGCCGACAUCUACGCCCGCAAGGCUGAUAUCUUGCUUAGAGGAUAUAUCGGCUGGAACACAAGGCGGGCUCUUCAAGUCAUGGACAAAGUGUUCCCUAAGGAUUCACCAGUGCAGCCAUCUUUGGUAAUAGUUUACUUUGGUGGAAAUGACUCCAUUGCUGCCCACUCGUCUGGUCUGGGGCCUCACGUGCCGAUAGAUGAGUACAUAGACAACAUGAGAAAGAUUGCGGAGCACCUGAAGAGCUUAUCCGAGAAGACCCGUGUUAUCUUCCUGAGCUGUCCACCUCUGAACGAGGAGAUGCUUCGCACAUCAACCAGCAGCACUAUACUGAGCGAGAUCGUGCGGACCAACGAGACCUGCCACCUCUACUCGGACGCCUGCGUAGCUCUGUGCAAAGAGAUGAACCUGAAGGUGGUUGAUCUGUGGCAUGCCAUGCAGAAGAGGGAGGACUGGAUGACGGCAUGCUUUACAGAUGGCCUGCAUCUGUCUGAAGAGGGGAGCAACAUCGUGGUGGAAGAGAUCCUCAAGGUGCUCAAGGAGGCAGACGACUGGGACCCGUGCCUGCACUGGAAGGCUUUGCCGACGGAGUUCGCCGAGGACUCGCCCUACGACCUCGUCUCCUCCAGCGGCGACGCCACCGUGAACCCCUCGGAGUGGACCAUCCACAGGAAGAUACCAUGGGACUGAGUGACUGGCAGACUGUGUGCCUUAGCCGCUUCGAAGCGGGUCAAUUGAGACGAAUAACGACUAGUUUGACGGCUUUUGUCACAUGGACGUAGUAUGCAGCUCGAUCGAUCGAUCGAUCAUCUUAAUCAGACCUCAAAUAAAGAUUAUUCUUGAUUAUUUAAUUUCCUGUUCAUGGCUAUCAUAUUUAUACUACUAUUUCUUCAAGAGAUGAGAGCAGAAUUAUUAUUAUACAUAUAACUCAUGUUUGCGGAGGAUGAGUUGAGAUGAUGAUUUUUCUUAUAUGAAGAAAUCAUAAUGAUUUGUUUU